UGCAUGUUGGUAGUAGAGUUGGAAGUAGCUUUCGAAGCGUACGCAUAUUUCGGUUCGUUCCGUGGUUCGGUGCUCGGCAUCGGUGAUGUUAUUCCAUUUCGUCGAUGUCACCAUGAAAUCGUCUCAGUCGUCGCCGUCGCAAUCUUUGAAUGGGGUGCAACUUAUGUAGAGUACGUGCUGUUCACCAGUGCUAAUCGCCUCAAAACGGGAAACAUCGCAGAAAAGUGUGUCAAUCGUGCAAUUUGCGUUCGAUUUUGCUCUAUUUGUGUGUGCUAUUGUCCGUCGGAAGUGCUAUACGUUUACGAAGACCGAUCCGCGGAGUGUUCUGUGCUAAAGAUCUUCAGUGAAGCCUUUCGUGUGAUUUAGGAGGUGCCGUUGUGUUGUGGAAUAGCGCAUAGUAUCACACAGGUGAAGUGAGUGAGCGAGAUAGACUGCGGGCAGAUUUACCCGUACAGCAGGCGCAUCCAAGUGCUGGGCAGAGUGAGAGCGAAGAAAAGAUACGUCGUGCAAUGUUGACGGAUCAUGUUGACUGGGUUCUUUUGAAUUUAACAUAUUUUUGAGGUCGGCCCACCAAAGUCUGCAAGUCAAUGGGUGCUUGAAGUGGGAUCCUUAAGGAAGAGAUGAUUCAUAGCAUACGUUUAUCACAGUUUUGCCAUGUUCUUUGAAGUCUACUUCCUCGAAUCUUUCGGUAUGCAGGUUGAAUCGAGGUGAUGAAUUUGAAGCACGCAAGCAACAAAUCAAAAUUAAUUCAGCGUAUCAAACAAGUGCUCUGCGAUGGGUAAGCGCUGAAGUGAAAUAAAAAUCCGAAAGUGAUUUGUUUUGAAAUAAAUCAAGUCACAACCAGUCCGCGGAAGAUUUGUGUCAGUGAAUUUGCUUAGGUGCGCGGUGCUUGUGCAUAAUCCAUUCAGUCAAGUUUGUAUGUGCAUUUUUUCUUUCGUCGGUGUGUGGUGCAAGUGUGUAACCCAUACGAAGCUGCCGAGCAAAACGAAAUCGAAACAAAACAACAACAACGAAUUAAACGAGUGACGCGUGAGAGUUGCCAGCAGUCCCGGAUCUAUCGAAUCGAAGAAGAUGGCCAACAACAACAGUUCCCGGUCGCAUCUGCAGUCUCUGUUCAACAACUCGCUGGCCAUUCGCCAGGAGAUACAGAGAUUCGAAAGUGUCCACCCGUCGAUCUAUGCCAUCUACCAUCUGAUCGACCUGUUGGACGACAGUCAGGUGGCGUCGCAGAUUCGCGAUCACGUCGUCUGCAUUGAAGAUUCCUUUGUCAACAGCCAGGAGUGGACGAUCUCACGAUCCGUGCCAGACAUUCGGCUGGGCAUCGUUGGCAGUCUCAGUUCCGGUAAGUCGGCGCUGGUUCACCGAUAUCUGACCGGAUCCUACAUGCAGGAAGAAUCCCCCGAAGGUGGCCGCUUCAAGAAGGAAAUUCAGGUCGACAACCAAAGCUACCUGCUACUGAUACGAGACGAGGGAGGCCCACCAGAGAUGCAGAGCAUCAGUUAAUUAGCACUUGAUCACUGAUUGACUUUCACACUGUGCACUAGAGUAUCAAGUGUCACCACUUCAACGCCCCCGGAGGCAUAUUGAUGUCAUCGUCACGGUUAGAAAAAAAAAAAAAAGUAAA